UCUUUUUCUAAACUUUUUCUUGCACUCUUCUUUGAAUGAUUUGCAUUGGUUUUCACUAAUUUUCACUCUUCUUGCCUACUUUGAUUUCAUCUCUAUAUAAGCAACCAUUGCUAUCAUUCUUGUUCUUCAUCCCAUUGAUUGAUUUGUUCCUUGAUUCAUGGGGCUCUUUGAUUUGAAGCCGAAGGUUUAUAAGCCUGUUUCUGAGGUGAAUCUUGGUGCUGAUAGUGAUGAGACUUAUAUUCAUGCCAAUGUCAAAGCUCCAAGGAUGGCUGGACUUUUGGUUAAGGUUUUUGCUUGGUUGUUGGAGAUGAAGAUUAUUGGGGCCUUUGUUGUGGAGAUAUUGAAAAGGAAUAAUCUUGUCCAUAAGCUUGUCUCAUUUGCGGAAGUUCCAGAGCCACCGGUUUUCACUCCAGCUCAUGCUUGGGAAGAUAAUGUGGAGCAACAAGUUUGUUUCAUAGAACCAAAUUCAACCCCUGCUGACCGAGUUCUUGAGGCAAUCGAUUGCCUUCCUAAUAGAAAAGAGAAUGUUAUCAAUAACUCAGGUUAUAAUUUUCAUCGUUGGACGAUAAUGGACUACUCGAGAGCCUACCGUUCUAGAGAGACAACUCCUCUUUUGGUAGCAAAGCGAUUUUUAGCUGCUGUGAAGGAAUCUUCUGAACCCCAUCUUAACAUGUCAUUUUUCAUUAACUAUGAUUCUGAAGACAUCUUGAGACAAGCCGAAGAGUCCACACUUCGACAUGAAAGAGGCACCCCGAUUUCAGUCCUUGAUGGAGUGCUGGUUGCUGUUAAAGAUGAGAUAGAUUGCACGCCAUAUCCAACUACUGGGGGGACAAAAUGGCUCCAUAAGUUCAGGUCUUGCACGGAAGAUGCAUGCUGUGUAAAACAACUAAGGUCUUGUGGUGCUAUACUUGUUGGAAAGACUAAUAUGCAUGAAAUUGGUGCCGGGACUAGUGGGAUUAAUCCUCACUAUGGAUCUACUAGAAAUCCUUAUAAUAUCAACAAGAUAACCGGAGGUUCUUCAAGUGGAUCAGCAGCUGUGGUUUGUGCUGGACUAUGCCCUGUUGCUCUCGGUGUUGAUGGAGGAGGAUCUGUGAGAAUACCUGCUUCUCUUUGUGGGGUUGUUGGUUUCAAGCCAACUUUUGGGCGCGUUUCUGAUUCAGGUAUUCUUCCACUGAAUUGGACAGUUGGAAUGGCUGGAAUUUUAGCAGGAACUGUAGAAGAUGCAUUGAUUACUUACGCAGCCAUUUGUCAUCACAUCCCAUUGAAGCAACCUACAACUUCACUCCCAGAAAUAAACUUUCCAUUGUUGACUUCCACAAAUUCAAUUAGCAAUAUCCGAUUUGCUAAAUACGGAAAGUGGUUUAAUGACUCAACCGAUGAUGUUAGAAAAUGCUGUGAAGAUGCUCUGGCUAUGCUAUGCAAGCAUCACGGGUGGAAGACUGUGGAAGUGACAGUACCCGAGAUAGAAGAGAUGCGCUUGGCUCAUUAUGCAACCAUUGCGUCCGAGUGCACUGCCUCACUGGCUCCUCAAAUUGCAAAGUUAGACUUUGCGGAGAUGGGAUGGGAUGUAAGAGUAGCUUAUCAAGUAUAUCGGUCAUUUCAUAGCAGAGAAUACUUGAAUGCACAAAGAAUAAGGAACCGACAAAUGCAUUUUCAUAAGGAGAUUUUCAAAACUGCAGAUGUUAUUGUCACGCCUACAACUGGUGUAACAGCAUAUCCAUUGCUAAGUGAUGCUUUUAAUACUGGAGAGCUUGACUACAUCAAUGGAGCUGCACUUGUGAGGUUCAUGAUUGCCGGAAAUUUUCUUGGAUUGCCUACAGUGACUGUCAUGGUUGGAUGUAACAAAGAAGGGAUGCCGAUUGGCCUUCAGUUUAUUGGAAAACCAUGGUCUGAAGCAACCUUACUCCAUCUCGCUUUUGCAAUGCAGGAAUUAUGCAGUAAAAGUUACAAGAAACCAAUGGUGUUCUAUGAUCUUCUCAAGAAGGAAGAGCAGCUUCCGAUUGAUGCUACGGCGAAAGCCUAAGACAAGAUGUUCAUAAUUUAUGUUCUAAUGAAGCAUGGUCUUAAUUUUUUCUUCCCCUCUUCAGCAUUGGAAAAUGGUGCAAAAUAGAGCAAAUGAAAGAAUGUAAAUAAUGCAUUUACAGAUAUCGUACCCUAAAAUAAUACUCCAAAUGUGCAGAAAUCUUCAGUUAAAGAUCAGAAAGGAGUCACUAGCAGUCCUGGAUUACUUCAAUUUCUCUGUAUUGAAAAUCAUAUAUGCAUUAUAUGUGAAAACAAUGGAUGUUCAGAUAUGCUUGAUUUAGUUUGUUUCAAUUUGGUGGAAUAUCUGGUAAAGGAGUUGUUACUCUCAAAAUUGC